UGCCCCACAAAUAACAACCACCAGCGACCACGCAAUCACCACAUCGUUGUCCACUCCUCUUACUCACCGACAACUAACCAGCAAAUCGUCGCCGGACGAUGACUCAAUACGCCUUUCCGUCUUCCCAUUCUCCCUACAGUACCCAUCAGCCUAUUGUCUACGCACCUUCUUCGCACUCUCAACACGGUCAUGGAGGUUACAACAACUACGGGACGCCCCUGAGGCGGGCAUCAACCGGGCAUGCCCACACAUCUAGCCCACAAUAUGGGUACCCCACUGUAGUCCAGGCGCCACAGACUGCUCAAUACCUGUCUGUGCCUGGCUCACACCACCGCAGCAGCAGUCAUAGCGGACACAGUCAUAGCAGACCCAGAGCCAAUAGCCACAGUCAUCACGGGCAUGGGCACGGGCAAGGGCAAGGGCAUGGGUACGGAUAUAGUACAGCUGCUAGCUACCCAGUCACAUACGCGACAUCUGCUCCCUUAUACGUCGACAUCAUCGCUCUCAUUCGACGUCACACAGACACCGUUCGCACUCGCGCCCUUCCCAUGCUUAUACAAGCAAUGGUGAUUACCACAGAGGUCGAGCGCCCUCAGUCGGGGACCGCGUUCGGCAGUUCCUUGGAAUGGAGAUCCAGGAAACACAGUGGUUAUGUGGACGAACACGGGAGAGAAGUGGAUAGUCGUGGACGGCGGAUCCAUCGCUUUUAAUUCAGGUGGCUGUGCUUACAUGUAGUUUAUGUAGUCGAAAGAAAGGACCCGGUAUCAUCUGACCUCUAUGUUGUUCAAACUACGCUUUGUACAUUACUGACUUGUGUGCAAUGAAAUCUAAUCAGACGGAGUUCAUCAGUGUCAAUUGUUCGGGCGUUCAUUGAUUGCUUGGAUCUGUACAC